GAUGGUGCUAAAAGAAUUCCUUUGCGUCAGUCACCCCGAAAAUGGCGAGAAGUGUGUUACGGCUAACAUUUUUAUAAUUUCCACAUAAAAUCUGAGCGUUAUUUCAAGGCGAUAAUUAAUUGCUCAGUUACCAACGUCGUGUAAAUAGUUUGUGUGAAUUCCAGCUUAACAUAACACUCUACUGAUAUCAGCUGUGAAGCAGCUAACCUGUAGAACCAUGAAGGUUUGGGGAGCACACGGCGAGUUCUGCGCGCGACAUCAGUGGGAGGUGAUAGUGGCGACCCUGGCGCUGCUUGCCUGCGCCGCCAGCGUCGAGCGGAACGGCCCCGGGAACAGGUCGGAGCACUGCGCCGGCUGGGCCCGCGCCUGCCCCGGCCUCGAGGCCGAGUACCAGGCCGCAGACGCCGUCAUCAUGACUUUCGUCCGCUGCGCCGCCCUCCUCUACGCCUACUACCAAAUCUCAAACCUUCAGAAAAUCGCCUCGAAGUACUUACUCAUCAUCGCCGGAGUGUUCUCGACGUUCGCCAGUUUUAUUUUCACCUCUGCUGUCGCCAGUCUCUUUUGGAGCGAGUUGGCCAGUAUUAAGGAUGCACCGUUCUUGUUUCUGUUGGUCGCUGAUGUGGCGAGGGGCGCGAGGAUGGCGAAGGCCGGCUGGUCGGCUGGAGAGGACCAGGGGAAGAGGGUUGGACGAGCGCUCGCUCUGUUAGGCCCCACAGCAACUUUAGAUACACUCCUAGCAGUACUACUGGUUGGAGUGGGGGCCUUAUCGGGAGUACCACGUCUCGAGCAUAUGUGCACGUUCGCUUGUCUCGCUCUGCUUGUCGAUUACUUAGUCUUCGUGACCUUCUACCCGGCUUGCUUGUCGUUGGUCGCUGACUUUGCGUCUGGACGUAAGGAAAUGUCACCUGACAGUCCGUUUUCCGAAGCUGACUUGAAACCAAACCCAGUGGUUCAGCGAGUGAAGAUGAUCAUGGCUGCCGGCUUGCUCUGCGUGCACUUGACCAGCCGCUGGCCCUGGAGCGCUGACAAUGGCAUCAUCGAGGGUCCCACUGACACUCUAACACCAGCCCCGCAUGACAACAUCCUGUUACAUUCGUACGUCAAAUGGUUCUCGGUCUCCGCUGAUUACAUAGUCAUAGCAACCUUACUCUGCGCGUUGAUCAUAAAAUUCGUUUUCUUCGAAGAGCAGAGGAACUGGGUGAUCGAUAUGAACGACAUGACGGUCAAGGAAGUGGUGCAAGAACAGCUGAGCCGUAAGCCAAAGUUUUCAGUAGGGGAUGACUCGAACUCUGAAGUAUCCACGCAGACCGAGGGCGUGUUAGAGGAUGAAUGGCCGACACUCUCUCCCAGCUCCUCUGCAUCUAAAUUAAACGCUAAGAAACGCCCGAUGGCGGAAUGUCUCGAAAUAUACAGAUCUGAAGGUGCGUGCACCUCGCUCAGUGAUGAAGAGGUGAUCAUGCUUGUGGAACAGUCUCAUAUACCGCUGCACAGGCUAGAGUCUGUGUUGGGAGACCCCCUCCGCGGCGUCAAGCUGCGCAGGAAGGUGGUCGGUGCGAGGUUCCAAACUGAACUAGCUAUCAAACAACUGCCUUACCUGAACUACGACUACACUAAAGUAUUAAACGCUUGCUGCGAGAACGUGAUUGGUUACGUCGGUGUGCCGGUCGGGUAUGCGGGGCCUCUGGUCAUCGAUGGGAAACCUUACAUGAUCCCCAUGGCGACUACUGAAGGAGCGCUCGUAGCGUCCACCAACAGAGGCGCUAAGGCCAUCGGGUCUCGUGGUGUCACCAGUGUGGUGGAAGACGUCGGCAUGACCCGCGCCCCCGCUAUCAAGCUGCCCAACGUAGUCCGCGCCCACGAAUGCCGACAGUGGAUCGAUAAUAAAGAUAACUACGCCUUAAUCAAGGAAGCCUUUGACUCCACUUCAAGAUUCGCGCGCCUCCAAGAGAUACACAUAGGAGUCGACGGCGCGUCCUUAUACCUCAGAUUCAGAGCGACCACCGGCGACGCUAUGGGCAUGAACAUGGUCUCCAAAGGCGCUGAAAAUGCUCUCAAACUUCUCAAGAACUACUUCCCAGACAUGGAAGUCAUCAGCUUAUCUGGUAACUACUGUUCAGACAAGAAAGCAGCCGCGAUCAACUGGGUGAAAGGCAGAGGUAAACGCGUUGUCUGUGAGACGACCAUCACCGGUGAUAAUCUAAGAACUAUCUUCAAAACUGACGCCAGAACUCUAGCUAGAUGUAACAAAAUUAAGAAUCUCUCUGGAUCUGCCCUCGCUGGGUCCAUCGGUGGGAAUAAUGCCCACGCAGCUAACAUGGUGACAGCUAUCUUCAUCGCUACAGGCCAAGACCCAGCGCAGAAUGUCACCAGCUCGAACUGCUCCACAAACAUGGAGGUCUGCGGAGAAAAUAACGAAGACCUGUACGUGACUUGUACGAUGCCAUCUUUGGAGGUCGGGACUGUGGGCGGAGGGACCAUACUGACGGGUCAAGGCGCCUGUCUCGAGAUCCUGGGCGUGAAGGGCGCGGGUGUCAGACCGGCAGAGAACUCUGCAAGGCUCGCCUCGCUCAUCUGUGCAACCGUCUUGGCUGGGGAACUCAGUCUCAUGGCCGCUCUCGUAAACUCUGACCUCGUCAAAUCCCACAUGAGGCACAACAGAUCCACCGUCAACGUACAGGACAACAUCACUCUGAAAGUGCCCACCUUAUAACACAUGUUUGGUGCAGUUCCAACAUGGCUGGUCUGCGCGGCUCGUCUCGUACGAACCGCUUGCCUUAGAAAACUAAUCUUCAGUUAUGGUCCAAAUGGCUAAGGGCUGGUAGCGUAGGAUUUCACAGGAAACAUUCUCAGCCCGAAAACCCAGUGAAAAUUGAUCGGGAUUUAUCAUUAUUUUAGGUUAACAGAAGAGUUUCUGGGCGUAUUAUUACGGAAUAUGUGUGUAUUGAAUAAUAUUCGCGACAAUAUUAUUGUUAUAAAGAUAGGUGCUUAGUGUAUGGCGAGGCGUGAAAAUAAUAUAACUAUAGUUGAUCAAUAAAUUAACUUUGAAUGUU